AACAGAGGGCAAAGUUAGUCAGCACGUUGCAUAGCUUCUGCAUUCUGAUUCUUCAAGCCUCUUUUGUAUGAAGUUUAGCACAAUGUUUUACACUGUGCUGGACCUGAAUGGCAUGCUGGAGAAAACAAUGAAAGGAGCGGACAAAGCGAUUGUGGCAAAGUCCUUUGGAAAAUGGAAAAGCAGCUCUCUAAGGUCCAGGACCAUGGAGAAGCCGGAUGAGCCGUCCGAGGAGAGUAAGGAGGAGAGCCUUUCCAACUGCACCUGUGAAGCCCCCCAACUCGGCAAGAAACCAGUUGAUAAUGAAUUACGUGAUUGGCUCCUGAGAGAUAAGAAGUGUGAAAGCGUCAACCAGGGUGGACAGUGUGGAUCUGGUAUCUCAUCCUACAGAGCGUUCGGAAAACUACAGUUAAAGAUGGAGUCUGAUGGUGAGGAGCAAACCCUGAAAACAUGUAACAGUAGCACAGGGCUGGCCGACUGCAUGGCGGAGACAAACAGCCCAUAUGGGUCCAUGGCGAGGAAGAGGAGUGCUCAGGAAGGGGUGCAGGGCGCCCCCGUCAACAAGAGAAAGUCCCUGCUGAUGAAGCCCCGCCACUACAGCCCUAGCGAGGCAUGUGAAGAGGAGAGCGAGGACCUGGCACCGCCACAGGACAAAGAAGAGCUGAGGAACAUUGACACUCCAGCAGAUGGAAACUUGAAUGCAAUGAAUGGAGUAGCCAACAGAAAUGGCUUCCAUGAUGCUGCAGCAAAGUCCAACUGGUCAGAAGUUACGUCCGAUAGCUCUCCCCAGUGUGAGCCAGACACAUCUGAACCUCUGAUGGAUGAGGAUGAAGAGGAGCUCCGUAAUAACGAAGAAGAAGACCAAAGUCGAGGCAAGAUGAGCGGUACAUCAUCGCCUCAAAGUCCUUUAGGAGACAUGAGGGAAGCUGAGUGGGAGCCUCUGUCUUUAUCUGCCAAGGUUAAUGUUAAUGGCUUAGGCUUCAGUCCCUCUGAAGCCUCUGAAGACCCGUCAGGCAGGAACGGCCAUGUUAAAGAAGAGCCGCACUCAGAACUAGGAUCUGCGAUGGGUAGAGCGAGCAUCUUUCAAGCCGAGGCUUUGAGAUACAGGCCGCCCCCUACAGAGGAGGAGAGUGAGGGGGAGAUGGAGGUGGAGAGGCCUCCUCGGCUGGACGGCUGGGCGCUGGGCCUCCACGAGAGAGGCCUCGAAAUGAGCCGAGGGCGGGUGAACCUCAGCCUGUUGGAGCAGGCCAUGGCUUUGCAGACAGAGCAAAGACAGGCCCUGCAUCAUGCCUACAGGGAAAUGGACCGAUUCCUCAUGGAGCAGAUGACCAAUGAGAGGAGGCACCACAGGAUGAUGGACAUGGAGAGCAGACUCAGCUAUCAUGGAGGAAAAGAUUCUCCUCGGACUGAUAAAAAGGAUAUCAAGUGUCCGACUCCUGGUUGUGAUGGUACCGGUCACGUCACCGGCCUUUACCCACAUCACAGGAGCUUGUCUGGGUGUCCUCACAAAGUCCGAGUUCCUCCAGAGAUCCUCGCCAUGCAUGAGAACGUCCUCAAGUGCCCCACACCCGGGUGCACAGGAAGAGGCCAUGUCAACAGCAACCGUAGCACCCACCGGAGUCUCUCAGGCUGCCCUAUCGCCGCUGCAGUGAAAGUUUCCAAACCUCAGGAUGACGGCCUGAAAUGCAGACAAACACCUGACCGCUCACCAAGAGCCAUUGGCUUGAUAAAGAAGUUUGAGAUGAACCAGUUGAACUACAGGCUCUCUCAUCCAGUAGCAGCUUUGCAAACCAGUCUCACAAAAGACAUGGACAAGUACAGCAGGAUCCGCUUCGAUUACGCCAGCUUUGAUGCACAGGUCUUCGGCAAGCAGCCUCUGACGGGGACCAACCAGGACCAGGAAAUGUCACAUUUCCCAGAUUCCCCUCAGCAGUAUCCUGGCUUCCUUGGUGCUCCAGGUGGCCGAUUGACCACCUCUGGACAGCACAGCCCGCCGAGUCAAUUCAAAAAAGAAGAUGGUCUCCAAGCUGAAGCAGCGACUGCCGCCAUCCUUAACCUCUCCACUCACUACCGGAAAAACAUGGAGGCUGUCGCUGGCCGGCCCUUGGCAACCUCCACAAAGGACAUGCUAAUAGAAGUGGAUGAAAAUGGCACCUUGGACUUGAGCAUGAAGAAAUGUAAAGAGAGCUCAAAAGCCCAGACGAAGGCACCUUCAGACGACCCACUGUCUCCCCCCGAGUCCACUGUGGCCAAAGGCGGCAGCGUGCUCAUCAGCCCCGCCUUCUACCAGCCGCUGUGUGAGAGGGACAGCUGGGAGAGCCCCAUCCCCGUCAACUUCAGCAAAGUGCACGUUUUACAGGAGAGAGAGGAAGAUUACGACCAGGUCUCCUUGGAGGACCAGCACUAUCUAGGAGACGGCAGCAUGUUAAGCCCCAAAACCAAGCUGCUAUUACGCGACUCAAAGAAAGAGCUUUUGAGCUGUCCGACCCCAGGCUGUGACGGCAGCGGCCAUGUGACGGGGAAUUAUGCAUCACAUCGGAGUGUGUCUGGAUGUCCCCUGGCUGACAAAACACUCAAAUCACUGAUGGCAGCCAACUCUCAGGAACUAAAGUGCCCAACACCUGGUUGUGAUGGAUCUGGACAUGUGACUGGGAACUAUGCUUCGCACAGAAGCUUGUCAGGAUGUCCACGUGCCAGAAAAGGAGGUUUGAAGCUCACACCAAACAAGGAUGACAAAGAUGAACCAGAGCUUAAGUGUCCAGUUAUUGGUUGUGACGGACAGGGCCAUAUAUCGGGAAAAUACACAUCCCACCGCAGUGCAGGCAGUUGUCCACUCGCUGCCAAAAGACAGAAGGAGUCGUCCAUCAACGGGCUGCCCUUUGCCUGGAAGGCCAAUAAACAGGAACUGCCCCAUUGUCCCUUGCCUGGCUGCAACGGCCUUGGACAUGCCAAUAAUGUGUUUGCCACUCACAGAAGCUUGUCAGGCUGCCCACUGAACGCACAGAGCAUCAAGAAAAAACACUCCGAAGAAGAGAUGAUGACUAUCAAACUGAAAGCCAGCAGUGGUGUCGAAGACAAAGACGAUGUUCAACAUUUGGAUCAUGAAAUAGAGGAACUGAAUGAGUCCAACAUGAAGAUAGAAGCCGACAUGAUGCAACUCCAAACCCAGCAGAUCUCGUCUAUGGAGUGUAACCUGAAGACAAUUGAGGAGGAGAACAAGAUGAUCGAACAGCACAACGACAGCCUUCUGAAGGAGCUCGCUUGCCUUAGCCAAGCUCUCAUAAACAGCCUAACUGACAUUCAGCUGCCUCAAAUGGGACCCAUCAGUGAGCAUAAUUUUGAAGCCUAUGUGAACACAUUAACUGAUAUGUACAACAACUCGGAGCAUGAAUACUCUCCAGAGUGCAAGGCCCUCUUGGAUAAUAUCAAACAGGCUAUUAAGGGCAUCCAUGUUUAAGCUGUGGAGCUACCGAGAGGUUUCUUCGACUUGGGAUAAUGGCACUAGAUAGCUCUAUUUCACUGAAGAGUGCUGGCUUGGCUGCAUGUGCAAGACGAGGCUUUCGGAAAUGCGUUUGGCAUUUGCAUUGGCGGUAAAUACACUGCACUGAGAAAAUGACCAGCCGGAUCUGUAAUGCUUUUACUGUUUCUGCAUUCACUUGAUAGGUUUAUCCUGGUGAGAUUCUUACCCCUCUUGCACUUAAUUAUUUUGUAUGGUUUGCUUGAUUUUAAUCUGUAUGUGUUCAUGUCAUUAUUAUAUUAUCGCUAUUUAUUAUUAUUAUUAUUAUUAUAUUUGUUCAUCAGUGUAUUUAUUUCCUCUAUUUUUAUUUAUUUCUUGAAUUGUAAAUGCUUAAUAUCUGAGAAAUCUGUUUUACUUUCUGCACAUUGUAAAUUACAUAGAAGCACAUUCCAAUUUCAUGGCAUACUUUCGCCAUCUAGUGUUGAAAAACGUAUAUUAUUAUUAUUAUCAUUAUUAUUAUUAUUAUUAUUAGACCAUAAGUUGGAUCUCCCUUCAAAGAAAAAAAAAAAAACUACCAAAAUAUCUAAGCAUCAAUAUUUUUAAGCAUUGCUUUUGCUUUCUUUAUUGGAAACUGAAUGUAUGGUAAGACUUCGUGAACACUGAGGUAAAAAAAAAAAUGCAAUGAACCUUUUACUUCACAACAAAUAACAGUUGAAUGCAACCAGGAGGUGACACUGAGCAAACAUGCAACAUCCCUCAGUGAACUGAAUGUCUGAUUCAGCUUAGCAUAGCGUGCCACAACCGGAGAGAAACAAAAAUCCACUUUGUCAAGAUGUCUUUCUUUAAAAAAAAAAAAAAGUAUAGAUAUUAAACUGCCUUCUGUGCACACACGUGGGAGUGUGCAUAUAGUAUGUGCCUAAAUGUAUAUGAAUCCAUAAAAAUAUAUGAGUACUAUGUUUUGUGGUAGGACAGUAUUACGUGGAUGGUGUCUAAUUUAUUAUACAGUACAAUUAUUUUCAUAGAAGGAGACGUUCCUGAUGACUGUUUAAAUACCGUUGUCUCAGUAGCUGUUAUCUCAGAGUUAUGUUUUCAAAUAUCCCGACUGAGAUUGAGAAGUCCGGUGUUGAUUUGAACUUUUGCGAGCAUGGACAGGGAGAAAGAGGAAGGAGUGAAUUUUCAAAAAAUAAUUUUUAAAAAUACAUCUGCUCCUGUUUUAUCUUAAACUGCUUACAAGCCUUAACAUUUCAACCACUCUCACAGUUUGAAUAUUCCAGUAACGCUUGGGGCAGAUCUUAUAAUAGUAGCUGUUUCCAAACCAAGCUGACCUCCACAAGUCACACAAAUUCAAUCAUUAAAUGCAAAAAGAGAGAAAAAAAGAGACACGUGAUAGUUGUUGGCUAAUCAGUUGUUUGUUUGCAUCGAUUGCACUUUUGUAUUUCCAUGAUUUCUUGUUUUUAGUUCACCACACUGCCCUUGACUUCAACAAGAGAGAAACGGGACGCUGUAGUCGCUACAUGUGUCUUAAUUUAACAUGAGGCUUAUCCCAAGAAAAUAAUAAUAACGGUAAUUCAUUUGAGCAAUACAUUUUCCAUUUCUGCAAAAGGAAGUCAAAGACAUGUAGCCUGCGACAGUUCAAAGAAAAAAAAAUGUAACAGCAGAAGAGCCAAAUUACAGAAAAAAAUAAGACCCUAUUUUAUCCUAAUACUCGAUAUGUUUUAAAGAAUUUUAAUCUUUUAAAAACUGAAUCUCGUUCUUUAAAACUAACAAUCUUUUAUUUAUAAUUUAUUCUAUUGAAUUCCUAUACCACACAUCGUUUGCUCAGGAAGUUUUGUGAAUGAUAUUUAUUUUUCCCCGUUAGUAUUUGGUGUUUUGUAAUGUGAAAUGCUUUUUUGUGGAACGAUAUUAGUAUGAUAUGAAAUUGUAUUGUAUUUCUUUUCUUUUACAUUCAAAUGUAAUGCUUUUUUUUUCAUUUGGAGUAGUUUGUAAAUUGAAACUUCCUAUUACUUUUACUCUUUCAUAAUAAACAGAUAUGCGCUGUGUUGUACAGUUUGUGUAUGGUAGAAAUAAACUUUUCAAAUGGU